AAGAGUUAAGAAAUCAAAAUUGAGCUGAUUUGUUUUUUUUGACCCGCUAACCCAUCAUUUCAAAUCCCUAGAUUGUUGAGAAUCAAAUUGGAUAAAAAUGGUGAAAUUUGGAAGAAUACUUCUGAAAGAUGGGAUUAACAAGAAGCUCCUCGAAAUUCUUGUCUGUCCACUUUCUAAGCAACCUUUGAGGCUUUGCGAGAAGACGAAUUCUCUAAUCAGUGAUGCAAUUGGUGUUUCAUAUCCGAUAGUCGAUGGGAUUCCUCGUCUUGUACCAACGGAUGGCAAGAUUAUUGAGACUGAUGAUGCAUCACAUUCUGAUGGCUCUGUUGAUUUGCCUGGUAAAUGAACUGAUGAUCAAAGAGGUAGUUCUUAACACAAUUCAUUGACAAAUGGAGUUCAUAAGCUGAUGGAAGAUGUUAAAGAGAAUUAUGUCAGGUUACGUCAGUUGAACCUCUUUAUUAUGUCAACCUGCUCCUCGCUGCAGUCUUAGUUGUGGCAAUCUGUACUUCGCUAUGUGGCUUAUAAGAAGUUCUACUCUUUGAUUAGUAAUACCUGGAAGUAGCUUAUUUUCUUCUCUUCUUUUCAUGAGGUAGUUUUGCGCAAACUUUUUGCAUUUCAAUCAUCCAUGCUUAUUACA